AUGACGGCCCCACAGGACAAGCCGCUCAAUGAGCUCCUCUCCCGUUCCAUGGUCGACAUCUACGUCGGCACCGAGAACACGCACUGGAUCCUCCACGAGAAGCUCCUAUGCUACCACUCGCCCUUCUUCCGCUCGAUUUUCUACGCAAAAGGCAGCAACAACAAGACCUACGGCCUCCCCGACGAAGAAGAUACCCCCUUCAAAACCUUCGUCGGAUGGCUGUAUUCCUCUUCGCUCCCCGUCCCCCGCGAAGAAAGCGACCUCACAAUGCUCUUCGACCUGUACCUCAUGGCGGAGAAAUUCCAGAUCCCUGUCCUGAUCGCCGAUGUCCUGCAGGUGGUGCGGGAGUGGUACAAGUUCUCGGACACAUACCCAGGACUCAGGAGGGUGCAGUAUGUGUAUGCGAAUACCGAGGAUGGCAGCCCAAUGCGGCAUAUGCUCGUGCACUCUGUCGCACGUAUGGUUGUCCUUGAACAGGGCAUUCCGACGCACUGGGACAAGGCGCUUAAGAAGAACGGUCAACUCGCUGUCGAUAUCCUUAAGGCCAUUCAGGAUUGGCGAUUGGACGAGCAAAUCAUCCCCGACUCGCGCGACGACCCUGCCGACGCUGAAGAGCUCAUCGAUGUUGAGGGUGACCUUGCCGACGCGGAGGGCGAAGGUGAACAGCAAGAGCAGCAGCAAGAACAAGAGGAAGAGGAAGUUGAGGAGGAAGACUCCACCGAUGACACGGUCGUCGACAGCCCGGUGCAGGCGCAGCACCCUGUUGGCAAGAACAUCAAGGCGAGCGGCGAGAAGAGCAAAGAUCUGAGCAAAGACCUGAGCAAAAACUUCAAGGAGAUGAGCUUGAAGGUUGUGCCCAACGGCCUGACGAACGGCGACUACGGCACUCUCCAGCACUGA